AUGAACGAGGUCGAACAAAUACACCGAAAUCGUAAUGAUCUUAAAUCAAGUAUAUAUUUGAGGUCACCUAGAUGUGCUGUCAGAGUGGGCUGCGGUAACGUAACCUGGGAGGAUGCCGUAGUGGAUUGUCGCAUCGAACUAUCGUGCGACUCUUUUGAGGUGAACAAUACUCUACGAGGCACAUUGAGACUUAACGAUACAGGAGCUAAACAUUCAUCGCACAGUUCUUUCACAAAGGAUCACUUUUCUCACGACAAAGGAUUAGAUGACGACGUUAUGUACCUUCCAACAUCCAACGGUUUACAUAGUUCGCAUAGGGCAUCCCACGAGCUGCGGCACAAUAGGAAGAACGAAAGCAACAGCGGCCGCUGUUUCUCCCAAAUUUCGAAGCGUACAAACGUUGAAUUGCUGAUUCCAAACCGAACAGCAGAAUCAUGGAGAGCAUCUCCGCUUAACUCACUUACUGACAAAGCAAUUGUAUCCAAAUUUACCAACUAUCUAGUAACGGAGACCGAAUUUCAAGAUUACGACCAUUCUUUUGCACAUUGUAGUGACGAAACACUCAGUAAAACAAUAAAGGAAUCUCAUAUACCAUCCACACCUUUAAGAGGUGAUUGGUCACCAAGGGAUAUUAAAAUGUGUAGUCCUUUUAAGGCAUGCCGCGGUGACGUCCCUAAAGCCCAUAAGGCUGGGGGUCCUAUCUACGGGGAUGGUUUGAACUCUGAAUCGAUUAGAAAAAUGGAUCCGUCACUCCCUCUAGAAGGUUUUUUCACAGUAACUGCUGAUAUGGAUUCGGACGAGGAUGUAGAAAGUUAUGAACGUCUAUACAAAGCUGAGCUAGAUUUGUUUAAUGAACGUGGCGAACACGUUGAUUUACAAGAGUUAGAUGAGUGGCUAUACCAAGCAGGCCUAACCGCCACCCAAAUCAAGAACCACAAUAUGUCAUUUCGCAGGCUUCUGAAGCUAAACUGCAAGUACUUCGGGCGGCGCAUAUAUCCGUAUAGAGGGGAACUCGAUGCUCCGACGUCAAAACCAUUCCGUGACUCAAAUUUACACUCUGCAACGUUUGGGACCGGCGCUGCCGUCACGAAGGAAGACAACCGUGGCACUGCGGACUUCAAAGAAAACUAUUAUGUGGAUUUGAUUUCAGCUGAAAAAACGUGCGAUAUCAGACCGAGCACGCCCACCAGCAUCGCAACGACACCAUCAACUUAUCGGAUCGUUGACUAUGCUACGGAACCCCAAUUCCUUCAAAACGUGCCUGUGGAGUUUGGAGAGUCGACCGUAAUGCAUUCACAUGAAGUAAACGACAUAGAUGGUUUCACCUAUUGCCCUUCAAUAGGUGUGAGGCACGCGGUUUUAGACUGUCGAACAAUGAAUUGUGCGGACGAUUUGUUCAAAGUUUACAGGCAAAAACUAUCAUCGCCUGUGGAAUCGUCGAAAGACAACUUGCCGCAAGCAGACGCAACGUCCAUGAAUCAAAGCAAUUUCAUACUCAAGGUCCUGCUACGGUUCCCAUAUUUGGAACUUAGGGAACUGGGCUGGACUAAUUUCUAA